AUGAAUCCAUUAAGACUUCAAUUAUUCGCUAUACGGCCUCAGCCUCCAAACACAAAAGUUAAUGGAAAAUGUGAAAAGGUUGGCAUAGAUAAAUAUACUGUAGUUUCAUCUGAUAUUUCCAGGUAAAUAAAGAUGAUUUGAUAAAUGAAGAUGAUAAAAAUCUAUAUAAAAUUGUUUGUCGACGUUGUAAUUCGAUUAUUUUUCCCGAAGAUGUUGUGAUGUGUAUACAAAGUAUGUGAGCCCAAAAUAAAAAUAAAAAAUUCAUAUCCAAUUUUUGUAGAUCAGCCAUAUCAACUCCAAAUAAUGUCACAUCAAGGAAAAGAAAAAUUAGGAGAAGAAAAGAUUAGUUGGUGGUGGUAUACUGAAAAUGAUUUGAUUUUUGACACUGUCGGCUGGCAGACUAUAAAUAAGCGCAAAGUUUUGAUGUGUGGCGAUUGCGAAUUGGGACCGAUUGGGUUUAGAUCAGAAGAUAAUAAGAAGUUUUGGGUUGCUGUCGAAAGAAUGAAAUAUGAUAAAACUGCAUAA